CUCGGAAGGCGCACGAGAAGAGGAGGACGAAGAGGCAGGUAGUGAGUGGAGCGGCUGUUCCUUCCAGGCGCCGCGGAACGACCCGCAAGGCUUCUCGGUUCGCGGGCCAGCACAGCGCGGCGACGCGUCCAUGCGCAGGCAGCUCAGCAGUGGCCGCGGAUAGAGCGACAGACCACUGGGCUAGGUCGCGCUGAGGAGGACCGCUGUGCGCCCGCUUUACGAGGUUGCCGAGCCUGUGCCAAGCAGCAGUUCCGUGCCCGAGGAUGGUGCGACGCAGCCUUACCCGUCUUCGACCAAUGGUCAGCCUGCUCGUCCUCGCGGUUCUGGCCGCGCUCGCCGCGCCCGCCGAGUCCUCGAACAACCCGUAUCUGCUCGUCCAGCACCAAGUUUACGAGGAACAUCAGGAGGUGCUCGCAAAAGACCCGUCCAAGCGGGCCGCGGGCGAGCAUCGAAGGGACGAGGAGGAGUUGUUCGAUUUCAUCAAGGACUACCUAUUCAAGCGGGGCGGCGCAGCGAAACUGCACAAUCGCACCAGCAACGGCCGGGCCCAGUUCGUGGGCGUCGACACCGGCGGUGCCAGAGGCAGCGCGCAUGGGUCGGCGGCUUCGAAUGGCGUGGCCAAGGACAGCGGCCAGUCGGACCAGAGGUACAAGAUGCACAUAAUCAAGUUCCGACUGGUCAACGGCAGCCACCCGGCCAUCGCUGCGGCGGCCAGAAACCUGCAGGCAUUGACGAUGCACAAAAAGGGCGACUACGCGCCACAGGAGCCCAGCCACAGAGCGCAGCACCACGCGGACGGCAGCAGCGGCGAGUCGCACGCGGGCCAUCCUAGCGACAACGCCACGCUCCUCGCGCGACAGUGGAGCGGCCGGUUCAGCGUCGGGUACAGGACGGCUCACCCGACGCACGUGACCACCGCUCACACGGCGGAUCCCCCGGCCACGCCGCCGCGGAGGGCUGCUGCUGCGGCCGCGAACAACUGUGAGCUGCCCGAGACGACUAAAAGAACCACGACCACCACGAGACACACCACGACAAGGACGACAACGAGGACGACAACCAAACGGACUACGACGACGCCGAAGCCGACUACGACCACCACCAGGAGGACGACGACGUGCCCACCUACCACGGUGGCCGCGGUUGGCUGCGAACGACCGCCACCGCCGCCCACGACGACGAAGUCGACCACCAGGACGACCACGACGACCACAACUCCGAAGCCAUAUCUACACGGCCACCCGUACGUGGUCAUAAAGCUGCACGAAGUGAAGGGAACCCCUCGCGUGCCGGUGGAUCGCGUCUACCUGCGGCAGCUGCCAGUCAACGGCACGAGCCCAGAGAAAACGCAGCUGGCAUGGAACGUCUCCUCUCAUCUGCCAGAUUACCGCUUCUGGAUGCACGGAGGCUCGUCCGAAGGGGCGGGUGACGUUGCGAGUGGCGGCGCGUCGGGAUCCCAGCUCAAAAGCAAGAAGCAGCAGCAGCGACAACAACACCAGCAUUCUCGUUCACGUCGAGUGCCGGCGUACGCGGCCGAGACGGCGGCGCUGAAGCGCGAGGUGGCGGGCAACCUGAUGCGCGUGCUGCGGACCAUCCGGGCGCUGGACGCCAUCGCCCAGAAGCCGCAGCAGGACGAGCAGCAGCUGGAGGAGGCGGUCCAGGAACAGGAAGAGGAGCCCGAGCCUCAACAGCAGGAUGCUUUCGAACUGGUGGCGCCCGACACGGCUGGGCAGAUUGACCAACUCCUCAGGCGCCGAGACAAGUCGCAAGGGCUCAGGUCGCGGAAGAAGUGGACCACCGAGCAUUAUCCGGACGAGCUGAAGGAGAACCAGGCCGAGGAGGGUGAUCUGCACCAGUUCAGUAUCCUGCUGAAGAAGGCGCUCGACGAGCUUAGCGUCUCGCCUGACGCCAAGGCCAGGAAAACGACAUCCAAGUCCCGCAAAGCCGCCGCCGCCGCCGUCUACAGAUAGCGGCCCGGCCUCGGAGAUGCGCGCGCGCGCUGCGACAUCGCCGCCUGUGGGCGGGUUCUUGUUUCACCGGGACAGAGUCUCAUUUUGCAUGUCGUGCCAUUCGCGUAUGUCGUGCUGAUGCCACAGCGCCAUGUGAUCGGCGUCACGAUCUCGUGGGAACAGCCUGUUCGCAACUGCUGCGCGUAGAAGUAGCCGAGCAUCGACUGCGUCGGCUGUGUUGAAUGGCGGGUAUGACCGAGCUGGCUGGUGGUUGUUUAUCCUGCCCUCAAGCGGGGCGCAGCCUGAAGAGAAGUGAAGAGGAUUCCACCUUUGCAGCCAGAACGUCACGGCCAUCAGAACUCGAUCGACUCCCUUUGCAUUGUUCACAGUGUGAUACAGCUCGUCUGUGCAUUGCAAGUGUCAUGCAUGCGUAACUGUGGGACUGUCAGAUAACGCCAUAACGCAACCACACUGUUUAUGUGCAUGUAUAGCGUCCCUUGCUUGAUGUCAACCAACGUACACUUGAUGCUUCAACGCAGAAAGAGGAACAAAAGCCCGAGGUACCUUCCAAAAUAAAAGUCUCCUGCCUGAA